AGCUCAAAGUCACACAGCAGAAGAGAAGAACAGGCUGAUAACACUCACCUACUGCUACUCAGUGAAAGAAACAUGGCUGCUGCUCGUCUCGCUCUCUCCGUGCUGGUGCUGAUGCUGGCUGCCGUCACCCUGACUGAAGGCUUGCGUGGCGCCGGGCCCAAGAGAUGCUGCUUUCGCUUCAAUGAGAACGAGGUGCCCAAAGACAAAGUGGUGGGCUACAUCAGGACCAGCCAGAGGUGCCCCAAGCCUGCCGUCCUGUUGAAGACCGUGGCGGGGCGUCAACUGUGUGCCAGACCCACAGAUGCUUGGGUGAAGGAGCUCAUCAGCUACCUGGCUGCCAAAUCUGUCGCAGGAGAGACGUCCAACCUGUAACCAUGGCAACGCCACGUUACAGAGGCACCUAUCAGGGCCUCUGAUGGACAAAAUCCAUUUAUUUAGUUAUUAUUAGUUAGUUAUUAGUUAUGUUUCUUGAUGCUGCAAAACUGUCAAAGAUGCGUUAUCAUAAGGUCUACAGGGGGUAUCUGUCUAUCUUUAUGCUAAGUAUUUACUAAUAUGCAAAAUAUAUUUAUGUUUUGUGAGUUACUCUUGGGGCACACAUACUGUUUUCUACAUUUCUGACUUUAAAAAAGGUUUAAUUUAAGUAUAUGGAAUAUUAUGUGUACUUUUUGCUUACACUCUGACCGUCAACACUGUGAAAUACUGAUGCUUUGUGAUUUAAAUUGACUAAAAGAAAACUACAUUCACUGUAAAAGAGCAAUGCCUCCCAACUCCAUUUGUUGUAUCAGAGUAUAAGCUACGGGUCACCCCACUAUUUCUGAUAAACCACUGUGAGCUUUCCUCUUGUUUUUAUAUAGACUAAAGUGAUGGUGUUUUUUUUUAAUUCUAUUUACUGUCAUGUUUUGAAUUCAAGUACUUGUACAGAUAAGUACAAAAUGUAUUUCUGUAUUGGCUUGUGCUUCUGACGCUGUUGAAUUAAAGCAAGAUAAUAUGUCA